ACAUACCAAAAUAUUAUUGUGCAGCACUGGUUAAACACCUGUUCCUGUGAAUUGAUAGUCAAAACAUGAAGAAAGCGGCGGGCUUUGUUAUUUUUCGUCGCCUUUGCGGUGAAAUACAAUACCUAUUACUAAAGGCAUCAUAUGGAGACUUUCACUGGAGUUCCCCCAAGGGCCAUGUCGACCCAGGAGAAGAUGAUUUUACCACUGCGCUCCGAGAGACCAAGGAGGAAGCCGGAUAUGAUGAAAAGGAUCUGAUCAUAUACAAGGACACUCCGCUGGAGCUGAAUUAUGAAGUGAAAGGCAAACCGAAAAUUGUCAUCUACUGGCUGGCGGAACUGCGAAAUCCUUGCCAGGAACCCAUUCUCUCCGAGGAGCACACAGCCCUCAAGUGGCUGCCCAAGGAAGCUGCCAAGGAGUGUGUGGGUUUUAAGGACAAUCAAGUGAUGAUCGAUCGGUUCCACAACAUGAUUGUGAAGCAAGACAAACCGGAGUAGAUUAUAAACACAAAAAAACGACUAUCAAAAUUGUAGUAGUGUUGCGAAACAUAGAAUAUGAAAUAAAUUAAUACCAGAAAAAUAUAAAUAAAAUAU